AUGGCCCUGACGCUCACGUUGGCGGGCAGAGCUAUUGCGCAGGUUGAUGACAAGCUUACGGGUGCUUCUUUGGAUAAGAAUCUCCAAAUCUACAUUAAUGGCCAGACAACGACAUACGAUGGCACAGAACCGCUUGAUUUACCAGUAAGUAACUUCGUAAUGACUCUGAGUUAUCCUUAUCUGCUGAACAAACUUGAGUUUUUGAACCAUGCUCUCGAUGAUUACGAAAGUCCACAUCCUGUAAAACCAUUCCUUAUGAAGAUGUUUCGCUAUCUUCUGAAUAAGCUUCAAGAAGACAUAGGGGAGUCAUCGGUGACAUUCGAAUCUACUCAAAUAUGUCGAGAGUACCUGCAGUUCUUUGCGGGUGUGCGUGAGAGUUUCAAGCUACCGCCCAAGCCGUUCAAAUACCAAGAGCUGGAGUAUUAUGACGCCCUAACGCAGUAUCAGGAGCCAUCAAAGCCUGUAGAUAAGCACACCAUGGACGAGUUGCUACUGAUGUGCCAACAGUUUUAUCUUCAAUGCUAUGAUAGGCUGCAAAGGGAAGAAAGAGAAAAUACAUCAGCGAAUCACCAGGAAGGAAGCAGCAAUGACGCACCCGCAAAUCUCGGCGACGGUGGUAACACCGUCGGCAGCCAUGAGGCGAUUACGAAAGGUGCUAGCAGUGCCGACAGCAGCGCACUGCCCUCUUCAAGCUCGGCAGACAACAAGGCCGCCCCACUGCGUAUGAAGAGGUCGAUGGAUGCACGGAAGCCCGAGCCGUCGGUAUCGUCACAAGAGCCCGGUCCAUCCGGUGUUAAUCCCGCACCAUCCGACGACGACAAACAACUGCAGCGACAGUUGAGUGAGGGUGAAUCUGGCCCCGCGGAGCAUGAAGACGAUAAGCGGUCCCAUAACCCUCCUCAAAAUAAGAUAGACGAGGAUAGUGCUGCAGACUGGGACGAAUACUUCAACUCUCUGAUGCAUAGGCUCAGCACAUCGUCGGAGGAUGGAGAGCCGUCAAAUGAACCCGUUAAACGCCUGUCCAUGUGGAAACGGUUCCGAAAGUCCCUUCGCAAGCAUAGUUGCAUAUAA